AUUUACGUAUUGAUAAUAUUACAAUCUCAUUUUAAAAACCGCGCUUAAAAAAUCAGUUUCGAAAUACUCCCAGAUGGCGCUUGCAAUGCGCUUUUCUGCUUGUAUAUUUUCCUUUCUUGGUAAUGCAAUUAUUAAAUGCAUUUGUUUUUUAACUUCGUUUUUUGUGGUCUUUUAAAUUAUCCAGAUGAUUAAAAAUAUUCUAAUUUGAAUGCAAGAAGUGCAUUAUAAUGCAGUUGAAAAGAAUGGUUAUUUUCAGAUGUCCUCAGAUUAGGUUAGAUCGGAUUAUACACAUUUGCAGGUUAUCUUUUUUAUACGAUGUAUGCGUGCGCGCACGAGUCGACGCUUUCCUUCGGAUGCGCGACGGGACGAGUGCUCUUGCACUCGUAUGGCGUUUUUGGUGUACGUGUUCGUUCGCGUCGUCUGCGAUUGAAAAAGAAAAAAAAUAACCAUAACCUAUACUGUACGUAACAAAGGCAACAUGGUAUCAGCACUCGAAGACGUUUUAUCGUCACCUUGCGAAACUAAGGCUUAUCAGUUUAUCUUUCUUUCGGCACGUUGACUAAUCGAUCAAACUGCACCACUUGUCUUCCUUAUCAUUCUUCCGUAAAGUUCAUCGUAACCUCACAAGUUGCGCGCGACUGUAAUUUACACGGAGUGUUUUGUAUUUUUUGUAAAUGUGGAGCAAAUGGAGGAAUAUCAAUGAUACUGCUGUUUGGUGCAAAACCGAAGAGUGCGACUGCGCUAUUUGGUAAAACACUGUGGUCUUUAUUGUGGAAAUGAUUCCAUUAGUCUCAAGAGGCUGUUUUAGAAACGUCAUAGUUGAUCCAUAACAAUUUAUGGUAAAGUCUCAGCAGUGGAAGAAUUCUGAAUGCAGAAUACAUAUGGUAUCAAAAGAGAAAAAUGACCUGAAGCAGACCUGCUAAUUCUGCAAAAAUGGCAUAUGACACAACUGAGCUUUGUCAUAGAAAAUCCAUACGUUGCAUGAAGAUCCCGUUGAAAUCAACGGAGCAGAUAUACCUGAUCUUCCUCAUACCAAUAUUGCUCAAUUGUUUUGUGUAUAUUGUUCACUUUGCUGCUGAUUUGGUGGUAGCUAUUCAACACUUCAGGGAAGGCAAUCCACUAUGGGGAAGUUCCACCAUUUUGUUCAUGUAUGCCCCAGCACUCACAUACUUUAUACUGACAGUCUCAAGGCCAGAUUGGUGGAUGACAGAUGAUGACAAAGUGUCGAAGGGUGUUCUUCGUUGGUUUGGCCUCCAAGUGUGCCAGCUCUUGUUCUUCGUCUUCUUCGUACUGUACAGAUACGCAGGACUGAUCGUACUGUCUGUAGAUGCCAUAAAUUUGUCAGGAGAUGCGAGAGUUAAGACGUUAAAUGUAGCUGCAGCGCCCGCAGCUAUUGAACUGUACUUUUUCCUGCAAGCAUGGUUUCAAGCCGCUCCGCAGGCCGUCUUUCAGACGCAUCUGCUCUUUAGACAGAGCUCUACUCCGCGCAGCUAUCAAUCAGUGACGAUACAAGUGCUAUGCAUCAUCAUGUCUAUCAUAAUAUUGGCCAUUCAAGCAGCUUCUUUUCAAAGAUUUGAAAGCCAGCGUGUAAACGGCAGAAAAUUGCCAUGGGCAAUGUGGCUGAAGAAGUACCGCAUUGAGGAAUUGAAAAAUAUCGAAGAGAAGGCGCCAUUGCAAAUGUUACCUGCUCCGUCAUCGCAGGAGAACAAGCCAGACGCACCAGCCGAGUCACCGGAAAACAAUCCAUUGGAAGAAACUCCGAUUCCCGAUUACGAACGGCAGCUUCAAGAGGAAUCCCGUGCAGCUUCAUUAAACCGUCAAAUCUCUGUGACGCCGCCGUUGCCGCCGAAAAAUGCGCACGUAACGCCGCCGCCGACGCCGUUGCGCGGCAUCACGACGGUCGCCCCGCUUCCGGUGCCGGAUGCGCCAGCGCCUCCGCGUCCGGAUUCCGUUUACAGAGAAGCGGAAGCAACGAAUACGACGUCGACCGUCGAAUCGAGUCAAAGACUGAUUGGCAGCGGCAGCGGCAGCAACGACGGGCAGAGCCUGAAAGUUCCUAAACGCAAGUAUUCCGAGAAAGGUCUCGAAGAGGACGACCCGAUGGGCAAGUUCCUGUCCUUCGUCUGGUGGUUCCUCUUCAUCCUGGCGCGCGUGUUUGCCAUCGCCUUGGCAUACGAGUUCUAUCCUACGAUCGUGCUGGCGGUGCUCAGCGUGCACUACGCCGCUAUGCUUAUCUAUCUCUUUUACUACUCCAAGUAUUACGAUGCGAUCGCGUGCCUCGUUAAUCUCUGGCUCGGCCUGGUCUAUGUGUUCAGCCUGAUCGAGUACCGGAUCAAGUUCAAGUACGCCGAUUGGUGGACGCUGCCAUACUACGUGUUGGUGAUGGCGCAGAACACCGCGCUCACUCUGUCGUGGUACGUGAACGCCGACUGGGACGGUUUCUGGUAUACCUACAUAUUCUGCGCGAUCCUUGUUAGCAUGGCGCUCUGCGUCCUCUCGACCCUGGUGUACCACGCGAUGUUCAAGCCAAAGAAGUGCCGAGUGUACAGUAGCUGACGAUCGCUCGAGGCAGUUCCGUCCUUUCGAAAAGUCUUCUGAGAAUCGUACUUCCUUUUACUAUGUUAUACUUACGCGUAAGGAAAAUGUAGGAAUUGACGUAACACAGCGGAGAAAGCAAAAACGUUCGGAUAUGCAUUGAACAUUACGUCGUAUUUUAUUUAGAUUCUAUAGAUAUUAUUCUCUGACUUAGCAAAAGCCCAAACUUCUUGUGUUCAGAUGUUUCGACGACUAUUUCACCCUCCUAAAAAUAUAUUAUAUUAUAUAUAUAUAUUAAAUAUAUAUAUAUAUUAAAUAUAUAUUAUUUAUAUUAAAUAUAUAUAUUAAUAUAUAUUUAUGAACAAUUGCUAUACGCGUUACAAUUGACUGCAGUCUUAUGCUAAUUGUAGAACGUAUAAUUCAUGUAAAAAAGACUUUUAGACAUAGUCAUUGUUAGACUGGUGCAAAAGAUUGUCAUUUUUGUUACAUACAAUUGCGCACGGUUUCGAAUGAAUUUUAAUCAAAAUAUUGCCAAUGCAUUUUUUAUCUAGAAAAAUUUCUUCGAUUGUCUUCUGAUCUUUAAAAUAGAUCUCAAUGCAAAAGUGUCAAAAAUCUUUUGCACCUAUUUUAGGCAGCAUGUUCCACUUUUUAACAAUAUGCUUUACGAAUUGCGAAUAUAUUUACAAGUUAUAAAUAUAUA